UCUUCCAGUUCUCAGGACUACAUCCAAGUAUCUUUUCAUUUCUCUUGCCUUGGAAGUGGCUUCUUUUCUAAUUAUUUAUAGCUAUGUUAGUGUCCUGAAACCAGGGUGGGUCCAGCUUCUCUAAAAUGGAUGAAGAAAUGUUAAAUCAAGUCACAUGCCAGGGUCUGAAGGAGGAAAUGAUUUUGUGCAACAUACCAAAUUUAAAUUCUGCUUUUGCUGUUUAAAUAAAAGCAAGAAGGGGAAGAGGUGAAGAAAAAGCAAAGGCAAGUGGAAACAGUUUCUCAGAGUGCUGGGUUCUUCAGGUUUUCAAUUCCUUUCUGCCCUGUUGGCUUUGACUUCAUUCUCAUUCCAUUUAGGUCUCUUAAAUGGAAUCAGGAAGAGAAGUCUACGGGACACACUGAUACUAGCCAGCAAAGCACGAUUUGCUGAAAAUGAAGAUGAGAUAAACGGGCUAGAUGCCUUUAGUUACUAAAUUCCACGGCUGGCAAACGCUACCCGUCAUUCAGCGACAACCACAAUUGCCUGGGCCUGGGUGCAGCCAUGUUUUGUCUGAGCCCUGAGAGCCUGGUUUGUGACUUCCCACUCUCCGUCGUGUGUACAGCUGUGCACUCUCUCCUACCGCACUCCCGACAGCUCCCGAACACGCACGAAGAAAAGGGAGCGAACACAACUGCUCCAAAGCAGGCAUUAGUUUUUCUUCCUGCUGCCUACCCAGAAGCUCAGACUAAGAACUCGGCGCGCUUCGCUGCGCGACACCAUGGACAGCUCUUCAGGCGCCACCCGGUUGGCCCGGCCUGCCGACCGUCCCGAGCCCUCCCCUCGCCGGUCCAGCCGGUGGAGGCGGCAGGGGGUGGUCCCGACGCGCGGCCGGGCACGUAUCGACACCCGGCCCCCACAGCUUCUCCCCGGAGUCCCUCCCCGGCGCUCACGCUCUCCAGAGCCCACGCGACGGGGCCAGGGAGGCCGGAUCCUCCCUCUCCCGGCAUCCCCGGCGGUGGGACCUGCAGCCGCGGCCGGGAGGACACGCCACCGGAGGCGAAGCUCGCCCAGGUGGAGGCGGCGGCAGCCGGCAGAAGCCAGACACCUUCUGGCCGACCAGAGUGGGCGGAACCUCCCUCCUCACGACCCGCCCACUCCCCGCGAAGGGCGGGUCUUCCGCCCUCAGCCGCGGCGCAAUGCGGAAGAGAUGGGCUUGUUGGAGCGGAAGUGACGCUUCCGGCGGCUGUGGCGGCGGCGGCUGCAGGAGGAGGAGGAGGAGCCGGAAGAAGAGGGCUGCCUCUGAAGAAAGGAGAAUGGCGUUCAGCAAAGGAUUUCGGAUCUAUCACAAAUUGGACCCCCCACCUUUCAGCCUCAUAGUGGAAACUAGGCAUAAGGAAGAAUGUCUCAUGUUCGAGUCUGGGGCUGUAGCCGUGCUCUCAUCUGCAGAAAAAGAGGCAAUCAAGGGUACAUACUCCAAAGUACUGGAUGCAUAUGGACUCUUAGGUGUUUUACGAUUAAAUCUUGGAGAUACUAUGUUACAUUAUCUGGUCCUAGUCACGGGAUGUAUGUCUGUUGGAAAAAUUCAAGAAUCUGAAGUGUUCCGAGUUACUUCCACUGAGUUUAUAUCACUCCGUAUCGAUUCUUCAGAUGAAGAUCGCAUUUCAGAAGUGCGAAAAGUUUUGAAUUCAGGAAACUUUUAUUUUGCCUGGUCUGCCUCUGGCAUCAGUUUAGAUCUGAGUCUUAAUGCACAUCGUAGCAUGCAAGAACAGACAACUGAUAAUAGAUUUUUCUGGAAUCAGUCUUUACAUUUGCAUCUCAAGCACUAUGGUGUGAAUUGUGACGACUGGUUAUUACGCCUCAUGUGUGGAGGAGUAGAAAUCAGAACAAUUUAUGCUGCUCAUAAACAGGCAAAGGCUUGCCUCAUUUCAAGAUUAAGCUGUGAACGAGCUGGGACUAGGUUUAAUGUUCGGGGAACAAAUGAUGAUGGUCACGUUGCCAAUUUUGUAGAAACAGAACAGGUUGUGUACUUAGAUGACUCUGUUUCUUCCUUCAUACAAAUCCGAGGAUCUGUUCCAUUGUUCUGGGAGCAACCAGGGUUGCAAGUGGGAUCUCAUCGUGUCCGUAUGUCAAGGGGAUUUGAAGCUAAUGCACCUGCUUUUGACAGGCAUUUUAGAACACUUAAGAAUUUAUAUGGUAAACAAAUAAUAGUAAAUUUGCUUGGAUCCAAGGAAGGUGAACAUAUGCUCAGUAAGGCUUUCCAGAGUCAUUUGAAAGCUUCUGAACAUGCUGCUGAUAUCCAGAUGGUGAAUUUUGACUAUCAUCAAAUGGUUAAAGGAGGAAAGGCAGAAAAAUUACAUAGUGUUCUUAAACCUCAAGUCCAGAAGUUUCUAGAUUAUGGAUUUUUUUAUUUCAAUGGAAAUGAAGUUCAAAGAUGCCAGAGUGGUACUGUUCGAACAAACUGCUUGGAUUGUCUUGAUAGAACAAAUAGUGUGCAAGCAUUUCUUGGCUUAGAGAUGCUAGCUAAACAGAUGGAAGCUCUUGGCUUAGCUGAAAAGCCUCAGUUGGUGACCCGCUUUCAAGAAGUUUUUCGGUCAAUGUGGUCUGUGAAUGGUGAUUCAAUCAGUAAGAUAUAUGCCGGGACUGGAGCUCUUGAAGGGAAGGCUAAGGCUGGAAAGUUAAAAGAUGGUGCUCGUUCUGUUACCAGAACAAUUCAGAAUAACUUCUUUGACAGCUCCAAGCAAGAGGCCAUUGAUGUUUUGCUACUAGGAAAUACUCUAAAUAGUGAUUUAGCUGACAAAGCUCGAGCUCUUUUAACUACUGGAAGCUUGCGUGUUUCUGAACAGACAUUACAGUCAGCAUCUUCUAAAGUACUAAAGAGCAUGUGUGAGAAUUUCUACAAGUAUUCAAAGCCCAAGAAAAUUCGAGUAUGUGUCGGGACCUGGAAUGUGAAUGGUGGAAAGCAGUUUCGCAGCAUAGCUUUUAAGAAUCAGACACUCACUGACUGGCUUCUUGAUGCACCCAAGUUAGCUGGCAUCCAGGAGUUUCAAGAUAAAAGAAGUAAGCCAACUGAUAUAUUUGCAAUUGGUUUUGAAGAAAUGGUAGAGUUGAAUGCUGGAAACAUUGUGAAUGCAAGCACAACAAAUCAGAAGCUCUGGGCUGUGGAACUUCAGAAGACAAUCUCCAGAGACAACAAGUAUGUGCUGCUGGCUUCUGAACAGUUGGUGGGCGUCUGUCUGUUUGUCUUUAUCAGACCCCAGCAUGCUCCUUUUAUCAGGGAUGUUGCCGUUGAUACUGUGAAGACUGGAAUGGGAGGUGCAACUGGAAAUAAGGGAGCCGUUGCAAUCCGAAUGCUGUUCCAUACAACCAGCCUUUGCUUUGUCUGUAGCCACUUUGCUGCAGGGCAGUCACAAGUCAAAGAAAGAAAUGAAGAUUUUGUAGAAAUAGCACGAAAAUUGAGUUUUCCUAUGGGAAGGAUGCUGUUUUCCCAUGACUAUGUAUUUUGGUGUGGUGAUUUCAACUAUCGAAUCGAUCUCCCUAAUGAAGAAGUUAAAGAGCUCAUAAGACAGCAGAAUUGGGAUUCUCUUAUAGCAGGAGAUCAACUUAUCAAUCAGAAAAAUGCUGGACAGAUUUUUAGAGGAUUUUUAGAGGGAAAAGUAACCUUUGCUCCGACAUAUAAAUAUGAUUUAUUUUCUGACGACUAUGACACCAGUGAAAAGUGCCGUACCCCUGCAUGGACAGACCGUGUCCUCUGGAGAAGAAGAAAAUGGCCUUUUGAUAGAUCAGCUGAAGAUCUAGAUCUUCUGAAUGCUAGUUUUCAAGAUGGAAGCAAAGUCCUUUAUACAUGGACUCCUGGUACCUUGCUGCACUAUGGAAGAGCUGAGCUGAAGACUUCUGACCAUAGGCCUGUCGUUGCCCUGAUUGAUACAGAUAUAUUUGAAGUUGAAGCUGAAGAAAGGCAAAACAUUUAUAAAGAAGUAAUUGCAGUUCAGGGUCCACCAGAUGGUACAGUAUUGGUCUCAAUCAAAAGUUCUUUACCAGAAAACAAUUUUUUUGAUGAUGCCUUGAUUGAUGAGCUCCUGCAGCAGUUUGCAAAUUUUGGUGAAGUUAUACUCAUAAGAUUUGUAGAAGAUAAAAUGUGGGUCACAUUUUUGGAAGGAAGCUCUGCCUUGAAUGUUCUGAGCCUAAAUGGUAAAGAGUUAUUGAAUCGGACUAUAACUAUUACUUUAAAAAGUCCAGACUGGAUCAAAAAUUUGGAAGAAGAAAUGAGUUUAGAGAAAAUUAGCAUUGCAUUGCCAUCAUCAACGAGCUCUACCCUGCUUGGUGAAGAUGCGGAGGUCACAGCAGAUUUUGAUAUGGAAGGUGAUGUUGAUGACUAUAGUGCAGAAGUGGAGGAACUUCUUCCUCAGCAUCUCCAGCCAUCUUCAAGUUCUGGCCUUGGCACUUCUCCGAGCUCUUCACCCCGAACCAGUCCCUGCCAGUCACCUACAAUGUCAGAGGUUCCUGUACCUUCCCUUCCUGUCAGACCAAGCCGAGCACCAUCAAGAACUCCUGGGCCUCCAAGUGCACAGAGUUCUCCUGUUGACACUCAGCCAGCAGCUCCGCUGCAGCAGAAAGAUGCUGCCCAGCCCCUGGAGCCCAAGCGACCACCACCUCCCCGUCCAGUUGCUCCCCCCACGCGUCCUGCUCCCCCGCAGAGGCCUCCUCCACCUUCAGGGGCUAGGAGUCCUGCACCUGCUAGAAAAGAAUUUGGAGGUGUUGGAGCCCCUCCCAGUCCUGGGGUGGCUAGGAGAGAGAUGGAAGCACCCAAAAGCCCUGGAACAACACGGAAAGAUAUAGGACGCAAUCAGCCUUCACCUCAAGCAGGACUUGUAGGCCCAGGACCUGCUGGAUACGCUGCAGCCAGACCGAUAAUUCCGCCCCGUGCUGGAGUUAUCAGUGCCCCCCAGAGCCAUGCACGAGCAGCUGCUGGCAGACUGACUCCUGAAAGCCAAAGCAAGCCCUCAGAAGCAGCCAAAGGCUCAGCUUUCCUUCCUGAACCACUGAAGCCUCAGGCUGCUCCUUCUCCGCAGUCUUCUCUGCCCCCACCUGCUCAAAGGUUGCAGGAGCCUCUUGUCCCUGUGGCAGCACCUAUGCCUCAGUCUGGCCUGCAGCCAAAUUUGGAAACCCCACCACAACCACCGCCUCGGAGCAGGUCAUCUCAUAGCUUGCCUUCAGAAGCUCCAUCACAGCCGCAAGUAAAAACAAAUGGAGUCUCCGGUGUCAAAGGAGAAUCAGCAUUAAAGGGUGACCCAUUUGAAGAUCUAUCACUUAAUCUGCUUGCUGUAUCAAAGGCUCAGCUAUCUGUUCAAAUGUCACCUGUUUUAACCCCAAACCCAAAGAGGUUGAUUCAGUUGCCUUCUGCAACACAAAGUAAUGUUAAUACUUUGAGUUCUGUAAGCUGCAUGCCAACAAUGCCUCCAAUUCCAGCUCGGAGUAAAUCCCAGGAAAAUAUGCGAAGUUCUUCAAACCCAUUUAUUACCAGCUUGACCAGCACUGAUCCUUUCAGUGACAGGACUGCUACUCCUGGAAACCCAUUUAGAACUGAAUCUCAAGAAUUAGAGGCAACUUCAUGGUUCUCCAAAGAAGAGCCUGUUACGAACAGUCCUUUCCCUUCUCUGAAGCCUCUUCGUCAUAAUAAAAGCAAGCCUGCAUCGUCACUUGAUGACUUUAAGGACAGUUUUGAUCUGCAGGGCCAGUCUACAGUAAAAAUUAGCAACCCAAAAGGAUGGGUAACCUUCGAGGAAGAAGAGGACUUUGGUAUGAAAGGGAAAUCAAAGUCAGCUUGUCCAGACUUACUGGCUAAUCAACCACGUUCAUUUUCUGGCUCCAACGUGACAUUGGAUGAUGACUGGAAUAAAGAUACAAAUGUUUCUUUCUGUGUGUUGCCAUCAAGAAGACCACCUCCACCUCCUGUCCCUGUGCUCCCACCUGGCACUAGCCCUCCAGUAGAUCCUUUCACAACCUUGGCAUCUAAGGCAUCACCCACGCUAGACUUUACAGAAAGAUAAUGUCAUAUGAUAGAAAACAGUUGGUUUUUUUGUUUUGUUUUGUUUUUAUAGUUUUGGCAGGGUAGAGCCAAAAGAAUUGGGCAUUAGUUAUUCAUUAUGUGCAAUAAUAUGUAAUUGUUAAGUGCACUGAUAUCUUCAUGAAAUACCACUAUUUGAUGUAUACAGAGUUGGAAUAUGUGUAUAUCAGAAAUAAGGAAAAAUCCUCAUUAUUAACUGGAGUUUUGGUGUGUUUCUCUUCAGAUGAAUAGGAGACAGUAGUAGCCAUAAAAAGUGUUUAAAACUAUUUUAGCAAAUAGUCCUUAUUCAGAAAUUUUUUGUCAGUCUUCUCUGAAGAAUCUCAAAAAGCCCAUGCAACUUUUAGCUGACAUUACCGUCAGUCCUUUCGUACUUGUUAACAAUUGGUAUUUAUGAGUAUUUACCAAAGAGCUGCCAAAGUUAUAGUGAAACAGUUUUGAAAGGCAUUGCUUUAUUCAAAAGUAUGUGUGUAUGUAUGCAUAUACAUAUAUACACAUUUACAUGUUUAUAAAACUCAUAAUUUAAGUUCUAGGAUAUCAGUCAGACCAAAUUUUACCUAAAAGUUCUAACAAAGUCCUCUUUUCAAUAUCUUCUUACCAACAGAUGGCUGCAAAUGUAAUUUGAACACUUCAUUAAUUUUAUUUCCAACAAGAAUAAUUUCACUACAUAACUGGCAUUUUCUACCCUUGCACACCCUUCAGAUACACACAAUCUUGUUACUUUCCACUCUAGCACCUCCAUGUGCUUUUCUCUGGGAGGAGGUUCAAAAUAUGCUGGAAGCAGCAUAUUUUGUGGUCAUUAUCAUAUGGAUGGAUAUUCUAGCCCUCUCCAAAAAGCACUAAAGCCUUAUAUGCAAGGAAGGCACAGACCACCAAGUUAAGUGAGAAAUAUUAGAGCUAAUUGUACUCGUUUCUCUGUGUACAUUCAGGUACAUGGUGGCCGUUUCCCUCCCACACUUUUCUUUUUGCUGCUUUUGCUUUGGAUCCUUGCUUUUAGCAGGGAAAGCAGCCAUCUUCAGAGUGCUUUGAAUUGAGGAUAUACCCAGUGCGUGUUCUCUCCCCCUUAGGAGGCUACAUAAACACAUCUAUGAUGCUGCUUUAAGUUUUUAGAGGCUAUACCUCAAAUUAGCUGUGGAUUUUGUCUCCUGCACUGCCAAUAUGCAACUGAUCCUGCUUUUAUUAAUUUUAUGAAGAAGUACACAGAAUUUUUACAGAAUGUAGUAUUUUGAUAUCAUUAAGUAAACCAAUCAGAAAACAACUUGAGCAAUAGUUGUUUUGUCAGUUUAAGUUAAAAACAUCUAUACCCAUGAAGACUUACAUUAAUGUUCCUUUUAUAUAAAGAGUUGUAUAUUUCCACCUAAAUUCCUAUGUCCACAUUUAACCUUUAAAGAUGUGCAUUGAGGAAAUAUCAAAAAAUAGAGUUCAUGGCUAAGAGUAAGUAAAAGGUAAAAGCACAGCAAACUGCAUUGCACUAACAUAAAGCAAAUAUAUUAGGAAAACACUUUUCUAAAAGCUCAAAUGUUAUCAAAAUACUAUAUUUAUAGAAGUAAUCCUCUCUGUUAACAGCCAGUAUUUGCUGUUAGAAAUAACUCCUGUGAGUUUUAUAUUGUGCUUUUUGGAGGUUCUAAUCAUUUCAGCAGUAGUAUCUUUUAAACAGCAGUAUUACUAUAAGCAGUAUGCUUCAAAAUGUGAAUUAACUUGUUGAAAUCGUGGCUUUAACAUCUAUGUGACUAGUGUAUACAGUAUUUGCUCUCCAUUAGCAAAAUAAUUUGUUGUUAGGUAAACUUCACUAGUGCAAAUUGCAGUUCUGUGAGCAAUGUUUCCUAUUGAAUAUAUACUACUGUCUAAAGUAUACAUAUCAGCAGCAGCUCAGCCUUUAUCAGGAAAAUUAUAUUUGGCAAGUUGCUGAAAAUGCACAGAGUUAUGAAAGUUAAAGGUAUGCUGCAAAUAACUAGCCAUUAUUCUGUGUAUUAUUAAAUAUUUAGCAGUUCUGUUAAAAGCAGAGCAGAAGUUAGACACUAAGGAUCUCUUUGUGAAUUCUUUGUUCUCUAUAGUAGAUUGCUGUUUAUAUGUAAGAAUUUUAUUGCUUAUGUGGCAUACAAUAUUUAUAACUAUAUACUUUAUAGAAGUACAGUAUUAAAGUCAGUGAUAUACAGACAUGUACAUAUCCUGUGAAAUGUGCUGUCGUGUGAAAUAAAUAUACCUGUCUUUACCGUGCUGA